CCGGGGCCCGGCUGGGCAGCGUAGCAGCCGGCACCAUGCGCCAGUCCCUGACUCAGCAGCGCUCCAGCGCCGUCCCCCUGCCUGACUCCGCGGGGUCAUUCAAUAGAAGAAAAAGAAAUUCCCUCUACGUAACUGUGACUCUCCUCAUUGUGUCAGUAUUAAUUCUUACGGUGGGCCUAGCUGCUACAACAAGAACCCAAAAUGUGACUGUUGGAGGUUAUUACCCUGGGGUUAUUCUUGGUUUUGGGUCAUUUCUUGGAAUAAUUGGAUCAAACUUGAUAGAAAACAAAAGACAAAUGCUAGUUGCAUCCAUUGUCUUCAUCAGUUUUGGAGUCAUUGCUGCAUUCUGCUGUGCCAUAGUUGAUGGUGUCUUUGCUGCCAGACACAUAGAUCUUAGGCCACUGUACGCAGGCCGAUGUCAGUAUUAUUCCAAAAGUACGACUCCACCCGAGGGGAUCUGUAAUCCACAGCGCCGGGGACCUUGCACACCUAAAAUAAAAACCAACACCUGCUUCUGCUGUGACCUAUACAACUGUGGAAACAGAGUGGAAAUUUCUGGUGGGUACUAUGAAUAUAUUGAUGUCAGCAGCUGCCAGGAUAUCAUUCACCUUUACCACUUGCUCUGGUCAGCGACAAUUUUAAACAUAGUCGGAUUGUUUCUAGGGAUCAUCACAGCUGCAGUCCUUGGAGGCUUUAAGGACAUGACUCCCUCCCUUCCUACACUAAACUGUACAGUUGAAAACACACAUCCCUCAGUGUCCUAUUACUCGAGGCCACAGGUGACUUCUUACAACACUUACUACCACAGCACGCCUCAUCUGCCACCAUACUCAGCGUAUGACUUCCAGCAUUCCAGUGUGUUUCCAGCCUCCACUCCUUCUGGCCUUUCAGAUGACCCCCAGUCAAUGUCACCAUCUCCAAGCUACAUGUGGUCCUCCAAUGCUCCUCCUCGCUAUUCCCCACCAUAUUUUCCUCCUUUUGAAAAGCCACCACCUUAUACACCAUAAAGAAAAAAUGUGCUGUUGAAAUAAUUGUGAACAUUUUGUAUUUAUAUUUCAUUGGGAUGGGAGAGAACAUUACAGAAGACAGUAUAAAAUACUGGAUUCAGUUUAUUCUUGCAAGACUUACGUAGGGGUUUAACAACUGUGUAUAGAG